AUGAACCCAGCAGAGAAUCACAUCGAAAUACCAGCCACCAGAACCAGCCCUGCCCCGAGCACUGCGGGCUCGACGGGAACUCCUGGGAUUACGGUGCGCGCUGCACCUGGGGGACACAUGAGUUUUCGAAGACAACGUGCGUCGCGUGCUUGUGAGACAUGUCAUGCUCGCAAAGUUCGCUGCGACGCCGCCAGCCUCGGUGUGCCAUGCACCAACUGUGUGGCAUUCUCGAUUGAAUGCAAGAUCCCAACGCCGAAACGCAAGAAGAAUCAAUCCAAGUCGAAAGAGUCCGAAGGGUACGCAAACCAGGAACCGCCCACCGUAACUACCACCGCGCCGCCGGCAAGCGUGUCAUCGAGCAAUAGCAAUGCUACCUUCGGAUACCGAGAAAGUCAAAUGGCGAUGGACGGAAUGCCGGUAACUAGCCUCACCGAAUCGCAAGCUGCGAAACAAGCGUCCCAUGACUCAGCCUAUGCCCAGUUUAUGAAGCCCAAAUUCGCCCGGGCCCCUAUCAAGGAAGCUGGAAGAGUCGCCUACCUCGGCGAGUCGUCGAAUCUGUCGCUCCUAGUCCAAGACCGCCAUGGCACCACCGAUGUUGUGCACUAUCCCCUACCUCCCAACAUGGGGGGCACGCGCGCUAGAGUGACGGAUUUGGAUAGCCUGGAGUUAGAUAUCCUUCACCAACGCGGUGCCUUUCUACUGCCGCCGAAACCUUUGUGUGAUGAGCUAGUUGAGGCCUACUUCAAAUGGGUUGCCCCGGUGGUGCCCAUUGUCAACCGUAGUCGUUUCAUGCGACAUUACCGCGAUCCCAAAAACCCUCCCUCCUUACUUCUUCUCCAGGCUAUUCUUCUUGCUGGUUCAAGAGUCUGCACAAACCCGCAACUCAUGGAUGCCAACGGCUCAACGACCCCGGCUGCCAUGACGUUCUACAAGCGCGCAAAGGCUUUGUACGAUGCCAAUUAUGAAGAUGAUCGCGUGACGAUUGUCCAAGCCUUGGUCCUUUUAGGCUGGUACUGGGAGGGACCGGAGGACGUCACCAAAAACGUUUUCUAUUGGACACGUGUGGCCAUGGUCGUGGCGCAGGGCUCAGGCAUGCAUCGAAGUGUGGAAUCGUCUCAGCUUAGCAAGCCCGACAAGAGGCUGUGGAAGCGAAUUUGGUGGACCCUUUUCACUCGGGAUCGGUCGGUGGCAGUUGCACUGGGUCGCCCCAUCGGUAUCAACACAGACGACUCAGACGUCGGAAUGCUGACCGAAGACGACUUCAUCGAAGACGAGGUCGACAUCGCCGCGGAGUAUCCGCCUGAUCCGGUACAUGUGCAAUUCUUCCUCCAAUACGUCAAACUAUGCGAGAUCAUGGGCUUGGUUCUUUCCCAGCAGUAUUCCGUGGCUUCAAAGUCGAGGCGAAUGAAUGCAAUGGACUUGACGCACUCAGACAUGGCCCUGGCAGAUUGGUUACAGAACUGUCCCAAAGAAGUAUGUUGGCAACGCCAACAACAUCACUUCUGGGCGGCCCUUCUGCAUGCGAACUACUAUACGACUCUUUGCCUGCUGCACAGAGCGCAUAUGCCGCCUGCCUCUUCGGCCCCUAGUAGUUACCGCGUGGAAGAGAUGACCUAUCCGUCGCGCACUAUCGCUUUCCAGGCCGCAGGGAUGAUCACAUCCAUUGUUGAGAAUUUGCAAGCUCAUCAUGAGAUUCGUUAUACACCCGCCUUCAUUGUCUAUAGUUUGUUCUCAGCUCUUAUCAUGCACGUUUAUCAGAUGCGUUCAUCUGUGCCCUCGAUUGUGGCGACCUGCCAGGAGAGGAUCAACAUCUGCACCCAAGCUCUCAAAGACGUGUCCAAGGUCUGGCUUGUGGCCAAGAUGGUACACACGUUGUUCGAAUCCAUUCUUGGAAACAAGGUACUUGAGGAACGCCUGCAGAAAGCUGCAGGUAAAAGGCAUCAGCGUGUGCGGCCCGAGACAGUGCAGCAGCCGCAUGUCAGAAGACCGGAUCCACCAAAGCGCAAGUUCGAUGACAUGGACCUCGGCUUGCCCAAUGGUGGACCGACGCCCCCGGUGUCUUACGAGCGAUCUAGACCCCAAACCCCAGCGGUCACACCGUCUAGGGAUCUGCCGCCCGGCCUGAACGUGCCGCAGGGUUCACCUCCAGGACAUGGAGGGCCUGGCAACUCGCGGGCGACUACACGUCCAACAACACCAUUCAAUCAAUUCUCUUUGCCUGCCACACCACCAGACCUCUUCCUCGUCACGCGAACAACGCCUAAUCUUUCACCGUCUCUGUGGGAGAACUUCCAGCCCGAUCAGCUGUUCCCUGACGGGACGGCGUUCUUCCCAGAGCUGACAUCCCCACGACCUGCUACAGUUGACCCGCAACUGCAGGUGCCCUCUCAAGUACAACAACCUGGUAUGAUGCCGCAGCAUAUGCCAGGACGAAGCAGUAUCUCGGCCUCUCACGGGAGCCCGGAGCUACUGUCGAAUCUGCCUCCAGGCAUUGCGCUGCAGGGCCAACAUGCGCAACCGAUGUAUGGUCUGGAAAAUCAGCAGACGUGGCCCAUGCAACACCUCGAGGCAACUUUGCGUCCCAUGGAUGCCGGCAGUCAGGACGACAACUGGAGUACGAGCUCUCGCAGUGGCCCAACAGCGCCGACCACGCUCAAUGUGGAGGAUUGGUUCCAAUUCUUCGGCAUCAAUGGCAGUUUUGGUGAGAUGGCGACCUGA